GAACGCACCGAGUCAGUGAAGGCACCAGAGAAACCCAGAUAUCCACCUCUUCUGCUUCAUAUUGUUGCUGCCUGGUUAUUCUCUAUUAUUUUUAUUUUUUAUUUUCUUAAACAACAACAACAACAACAACAAAUCAACUACUUUACCGGAAAUGUUGGUAGAAGUUUCAAAGGGAUUUUUCCUCCUUCUCUCCUGCAUGUUGCUGAAACCCGUGUUUUCAGUGCAGAAUCAGAUGUGCGACAUGAAGAGGGAAAUAGAGAAGGAGAGAGACAUGUGUGAAGCUCAGAUUGAGAACAGAACAACAGGUUGCAGUGGGACGUGGGACAAGAUCACCUGCUGGCCCAGUGCUGACAUCGGAGAGGUGGUUACCAUUCCUUGCCCCAAAUUUCUCUUCUACUUCUCCAGUGAUGCCCUAACACGUAACCUGUCAAAGACCUGCGCUGAGGAUGGCUGGACUCCAGUCAGCAUCGACUCCUACAUAAUGGACUGUGGAUACAAUCCCAACAGCACCAUGGAUGAUGAUACGGUGUUUUCGCAGGGACAAUUCUUCAACGCCAUCAAAGUGGGUUACACCAUCGGUCACAGCGUGUCGCUCAUUUCUCUGACGAUCGCCAUCAUCAUAUUGUGUCUCUUUCGGAAGCUUCACUGCACGAGAAACUACAUCCACAUGCAUCUCUUUGUGUCUUUCAUACUGAAAGCUCUGGCUGUUUUCAUCAAGGACAUGGUUCUGUACGAUGAUGUGGAGACAGAAAGUUGCCAGUCAUCUGUGGGCUGCAAGGCAGUGGUGGUCUUCUUCCAGUAUGGGAUCAUGGCGAGUUACUUCUGGCUGCUGGUGGAGGGCCUCUAUCUCCAUGCUCUGUUAGCCGUCUCCUUCUUCUCUGAGAGGAAGUACUUCUGGUGGUACAUCCUGAUUGGUUGGGGGGCUCCAACCAUCUUUAUCUCAUCCUGGGUGAUUGCAAAGGUUUAUUUAAAUGAUCAUGGAUGCUGGGAGACAAUUGAUUACGGUCCAUGGUGGAUCAUCAAAACACCUAUUUUAGUCACCAUACUUGUGAACUUCUUCCUUUUCAUUUGUAUAAUCCGGAUUUUGAGACAGAAGAUGAAUUGCCCCGACAUCGGAAGAAAGGAAUCCAAUCAGUACUCGAGACUUGCGAAAUCCACCCUGUUGUUGAUACCUCUCUUUGGUAUCAACUACAUCAUUUUUGCGUUCAUUCCUGACCACAUCCACCCACAAGUCAGGAUGGUGUUCGAUCUUAUUCUGGGGUCAUUUCAGGGUUUUGUUGUUGCAGUUCUGUACUGCUUUUUGAACGGAGAGGUGCAGUCGGAGAUUAAGCGUAAGUGGCGCAGAUGGAUGCUGCAGAGGUUCCUGGGUGCUGACACUAAGUACCAGCACCCCUCCAUAGGCAGCAACGGCAACAACUUCAGCACCCAGAUCACCAUGUUGACCAAAUGCAGCCCAACUACACGCCGGGCGUCCGAGUGUCAGGAGCACCUCUCUGCCAUCUGAAAGCCAAGUUAAUGCUCCUCUCUCUUUUUAUCAUUAUGUUCUGAAUGUGUGGCUCACAUGCACUGGUGCAAUGCAAAUGAUAUUAGUUACUGAAGGUUAAUAUAACAUUUUAGUAUUGACACUGAUAUUUGUUCAUUGUGAUUUUAUCAAUUGCCUUUGCAUGAAGAAUUAAUAGCCCAAAAAACAACUGAACAGUUUCAGAUUCAGUAGCUCUGAUCACGCUGACGUGCUGCAGUGUAAACUUUGGUGAGUCAACCUGAAGUGAAUAUUUACAAGUUGUUAAAAAUAGAUCGUCAUAUGUUCCUGAAUGCAGCAGGGAAAAAGAUCUUCAAGAUCACAAUGUGAGUUAAAAGGAAAUGGGACUCCUGGCCAGCGUUUCCCAUCUGAUGUUAAGCAAUAGAUGGACAGAGCCGGAGACGAGCUGCGUCCUAUAAGAAACAACAUGUUUAUGAGAAGGGUAUGUUACAUAAGCACUUAAACUAAUGGCUGUGUUGCUUAAGGGACCAGUGGUAACAACAGUAGUGAGAGUGUCAGGCUGUCAUGAGCAACAGUCACAGUGGAGGAAUCUAUAGAAUAACCAAGGUCCUGGACGUUCCUAUCUGGUGUAUGACAGUUUUACACAGGACACACACUCUGCUGAAUUAGAGCCGGAUAACAUUCCAGAGGAGAGAAUAAAACUCCCGCUUGUGAAAUUUAUCUCAGAUUACAAAAGGCUUUUAGUUUCAUUUGAGUGCACAGUCGCUUAACAGACAUUUCUUUUUUACUGUUUCUGAAACUAAUGGACCAGAUGUAUUCUGUUACUAGUCCACUAUACACAACAUUGUGAAUUGAUAUGAGGCAAUAACAAUUAACUUCCAUUAACUGGACUGCAUGGACAAUUCAUUUCAUUAGAUUGAGUUUCAGUAUUCUAUUCUAUUCUAUAUUGACAGGUUAAAUAUAUACAUUAUAUCGUAAUGUUUUUAGCCAGACAAGCACUGUUACUUUUAUGGAUGGUAUUGUAAGUUGGCUGGUACAUCACUUAGGUCCAGACUGAAAUAUCUCAACAUCUGUUGUGUAGAUUACCAUGAUAUUUUGUACAGACAUUCAUGAUUCCUAGUAGAUGAAUCCUAAGGACUUUGGUGAACCCCUGACUUUUCCUCUAACGCUCGAUGAGCUUCACAUCUGUGGUUUGUUUGAGUAAAAAGUCACACAACAUCUACUGGAUGGAUUGCCAUGAAAUUUAGUUCAUUCAUGUUCCAAACCUGGAUGAACUGUAAUAAUUAUCAGGUAAAAAUCUUAUUUUAUCCAGAAUUGUCUUAAUAAACACGUUGAAAACAUUUCCGUCACCCUUAGCUGUACUUAGUGUUUAGUGCUAAUUAGAAAACGCUAUAGCAUGUUAACACAUUAAACUAAGAAGGUGAACAGUGCAAACAUACCAACAAUACCGCUUUAAACAUACAUUAUAUCUGUUAUAUAUAUUGUGUUUAGCAUUCAACUCAAAGCACAGCCUCAGAGAUACUGGCCAAACAUUUAUUUGAAGCCACCUUUUCAUCAGAAAAGCGACAGUGUCAUAUUUCAUGUCAGAGUCAUGCUGGAGUUCGGUGUUUACUUCCCCCUCUUGUUCUUGUUGUUCUCAGUGUGUAAAACUGAACUGAAACUAACUGAAAGUACCUCAGACUAAAUGUCGCACACAGCUAUUGUGUAUAUAAUGUGAAACUGUAAAUAUGGCUAAUGAAUUGGUUUAUGAAAUGUAUUUUAUGGUGAUGACUUACAGUGCUCAGGUGUCAACUGGAAAUCGAUGUUUACAUUUAAAAUGUAUCUCUCCCUCAUCUUAUUUGCAUAAUGUCAAUGAUGGUGAUGCAGUGUGUCUCAUUUGUUGCCAUGUAAAUUUUGUGUAAAUAUUGUGUACUGUAUAGUGUGUGGAAUCAGCUGUAAAUAUGUCAUUGGUGAAAAUGUCCGAUGAAAAUGAAUAAAACCAUUUGCACUGUGAA